AUGUCAAACAUUGUCGGUAUCGAAUACAACCGUGUAACAAACACCACCUCUACGGAUUUCCCAGGUUUUCAAAAGGACGAGAGUGCAGCAUGGGAUGUGGAGGAUUUUAAAAAAUCUUUCGAUGUUAAAAUAACUUCUUUAGACGAACGCGAGGCCAACUUUGAUCUCAUGCGUAUUGACACGUCUAUUGCUAAUGCCUUCCGUCGUAUCAUGAUCUCAGAAGUGCCUUCCGUGGCUGCUGAAUACGUUUACUUCUUCAACAACACGUCAGUUAUCCAGGAUGAGGUACUGGCACAUAGGAUCGGUCUGACGCCUUUGAAGGUAGAUCCAGAUAUGCUUUCCUGGAUUGACCCAAGCUUACCAGAGGCCGAGAAGUUCACUGACGAAAAUACGAUCGUCCUUUCUCUCAAUGUCAAGUGCACAAGAAACCCGGAUGCGCCCAAAAAUUGCACGGAUCCCAAAAUUCUAUACCACAACGCCCACAUAUAUGCUCGCGAUCUCAAGUUCGAACCACAAGGAAAACAAACCAACACUUUUGCGAAGAAUCCAGUCGUUCCUGCGGAUCCAGAUAUUUUGCUCGCAAAAUUGAGACCCGGACAAGAGAUCUCACUUCGGGCCCACUGUGUCCUAGGGGUCGGUAGUGAUCACGCGAAGUUUUCCCCCGUGUCUACCGCUUCUUACAGGCUCAUGCCCCAUAUCAAUAUUACCCAACCAAUCACUGGAGAAUCCGCCAAAAAGUUGGUAGGAAUGUUUUCGCCUGGCGUCAUUGACAUCGAUGGCAAUGGAGCGGCAUAUGUGAAGGACGCAAGACAUGAUACGGUAUCAAGGGAAGUUUUGAGACAUGAGGAAUUUGAGGACAAGAUUAAAUUAGGAAGAGUGAGGGAUCAUUUCAUUUUCAACGUUGAAAGUACUGGCGCCAUGACACCAGAGGAGAUUUUUUUUAAAAGUGUCAGGAUUCUCAAAAAUAAAGCUGAGUAUUUAAAGAACUGUCCCAUUUCUCAAUAA